GGGCUCUGCCGCCCAGAUUUUCAACCCUCCCCUCUCCUUCCCGCAGCAGCUCCGCCUCUCUCCUGCCAGGAUGUCCUUCUCCAGCCAGCUCAGCUCCCGCUGCUCCGCGCCCUGCGCCGUCUCCUGUCCCCAGCCCUGCGCUGACGCCUGGAGCCAGCCCUGUGUCACCUCCUGCGGGGACUCCAGGGCUGUCGUCUACCCUCCGCCCGUGGUCAUCACCUUCCCGGGGCCCAUCCUCAGCUCCUGCCCGCAGGAGAGCAUCGUGGGAUCCGCAUUCCCGGCGGGAAUAGAGCGCCCCGUGGGCCUGCAGGGCUCCAGGGUCUACGGAGGCUUCUUCUCCUCCUGCUCCCCCAGGAAUGCCUGGAGCCGGCGCUCCGGGAGCUGCGGGCCCUGCUGAGUCGGGAAAAGGGGAUGGAUGGAUGGAUGGAUGGAC